CGCCGGCCGGAGUCUGUCCUCUUAAUAAAGUUGAGUGAAAGCUGUGACGUCAUUUGUUCCGCGUUGGCCUGGACGUGGCACUGAGGAGGAGGCUGCACCCACUCCUGUCCGGCGGCGGAUUACAACGCUCAUCCAGACCCGACGUUUCGCUGUUUGUCCAUCACUAAUUUUUGACUUGUCGUCUUCCAAUUUUAUUUUUUUUUCUCUCACGACCGCCGAAUCGGGACAUUCCACAAAAUGGGACUGACAAUUUCUUCGUUAUUCUCCAGGCUAUUCGGGAAGAAACAGAUGAGGAUACUUAUGGUGGGUUUGGAUGCUGCUGGAAAGACCACUAUCCUGUACAAACUGAAGCUUGGGGAAAUUGUGACAACUAUUCCAACCAUUGGUUUUAACGUGGAGACCGUAGAGUACAAGAAUAUCUGCUUCACGGUGUGGGAUGUGGGUGGCCAGGACAAGAUCCGACCUCUCUGGAGACACUAUUUCCAGAACACACAGGGUCUUAUCUUUGUUGUGGACAGCAACGACAGAGAGAGGGCGUCAGAGUCAGCAGAGGAGUUGUCAAAAAUGUUGCAAGAAGAUGAGCUGAGAGACGCCGUGUUGCUAGUGUUUGCUAAUAAACAGGAUUUACCCAACGCGAUGCCUGUGAGUGAGCUGUCAGACAAGCUAGGCCUGCAGAGUUUGCGCAGCAGAACCUGGCACAUCCAGGCUACCUGUGCCACCCAGGGCACGGGAUUAUACGAGGGACUGGAUUGGCUAUCCAAUGAGCUGUCAAAGCGCUAGAGAAGGAGGAGGAGGAGGCGGGAAAAGGAGCAGGACCGGAUUGAGCGACUUAUUCUGAUUUGAAUAUGUGCAGAGACGUGAGAGGAAGAUAGAAUAAGAAAGUAAGCAAAUAGAAGAGGAGGAGAAGGAGGUGCGGAACAAAGCAUUUCAUCGGAGGAAAAUGCAAACCCCCCCCUUUUUAAAUUAUAAGAGUGUAUGUCUGGUAGAACUUGCAGUCAUGGACUUUGCGCUCAGUUUCUGUUUUGAAGCCUUUUUUCCUCACCGUUCUUUUCCUUUUUAUGCCCUGUGUUGUCCAAGCAGAUGUCUCUUAAGCUGUUUAUAUCUUUAUUUUUUUUGUCUGUUCAUGCCUCCCUACUCCCUUGACAGUAAAAAUGUUUUUAUUUGCAUGUUUUAACAGAAGAAAAUCCCCCCUCCCAAAAAAAAGAAAAAUGGAAUCACAUAAUGGUUGUGCUGAUGUUAUUUGUCAUGGAAUGAGCAGUCGGGGGCUUCCAGGUUUUGUUGGGUGAGUGG